UCCCGAGCAAACUUAACUGAAUCCUACAGACUUUCAGCAAAAGAUCUGUGAACUCAUUUUUCCAAAAUUUUCUUCCUUCUUUUUAAUUUUGAUGAUCUCCUCCUUCAAUCUGCAAUUCUCAUUUCAUUUUAAAGGGAAAGAACAGGGGGAAAUGACGCGUUUAUUCACUUUGCUCUUCGUUUUCGUUCCGUUUCUCAACCUUUCCUCCGGCAAAACUCUCAAACGCGACGUUAAAGCAUUGAACGAAAUAAAGGCGUCGUUAGGGUGGAGAGUAGUUUACGCUUGGGUCGGUGACGAUCCCUGCGGCGACGGGAAUCUGCCGCCCUGGUCUGGUAUCACCUGCACUCUCAUGGGUGACUAUAGAGUUGUCACCGAAUUGGAAGUUCAUGCAGUGUCGAUCGUGGGGCCGUUUCCCGUUCCUGUCACAAAAUUGUUCGAUCUUACGAGACUUGAUAUGCAUAAUAACAAGCUGACCGGACCGAUUCCUCCUCAAAUCGGGCGGCUCAAACGCCUUAAAAUACUUAAUUUGAGAUGGAAUAAGCUACAAGAUGUUCUUCCUUCUGAAAUUGGCGAGCUUAAGAGUCUAACACAUCUGUAUCUGAGCUUCAACAAUUUUAAAGGGGAGAUCCCAAAGGAGCUUGCGAGUCUACCGGAGCUUCGUUACAUACAUCUGCAUCAAAACCGGUUUUCAGGCCGGAUUCCAGCAGAGUUAGGCACUUUGGAGAAACUUCAGCACUUGGAUGUCGGGAACAAUCAUUUGGUGGGUACUAUAAAACAACUCAUAAGCCUGUAUGGUUGUUUCCCAUCGCUUCGAAACCUUUACCUAAACAAUAACUACUUAACGGGAGGAAUUCCGGCGAAGCUAGCAAGCUUGACCAAUUUGGAAAUCUUGUACCUAUCCUAUAACAAACUUUCAGGAGAAAUACCAUCUAGCAUUGUUCAUCAUCCUCAGUUGACAUCUUUGUACAUCGCAGGAAAUUCGUUCCAGAAAGGAGCAAAAUCCAUCGGUGUCCCUAAAGUCCUGGAACUUGCUGAUUCGGAGUUCCUAGUUUAGAGUCCAAAGAGCUAUAUGGAAUUCCUUAUUGUUUAUAUCAGUUGUGGAAUUUUUGUUUAUAUUUGUCAAGACACUGGUUCUUCUAGUUUUCUAGCAAAGGAAAUAAACAGAUUUACAUCGAGACAUAUUUAAAAAUAAAAAACUAGAUUGUCAGUUUCUUCCAUAAUAGAUAGAAGCAACA